AUGCCAAAGCGCAAACGCUCGACUCGCCCCCCUCCGCAGGAGUCUCUCUUACCUCAGAAAAGGCACUAUAGGCAGCGUGCACAUGCUAAUCCAUUUUCCGACCAUGCCCUCAGCUACCCGCACUCUCCCCACGCCUGUGACUGGUCUAUCCUCUACCCCGCCUUUGCCGGCUCCGGAAAGACCCCCGAGUUCGCUGAUGUCGGAUGCGGCUUCGGCGGCCUACUCAUCGCCCUUGCCCCUCUCUUUCCCGACACGCUCAUGCUUGGCAUGGAAAUCCGUGUACAAGUCUCCCAAUACGUCCGAGAUCGCAUUCUCGCUCUGCGCGCAACGUCCAACACCCCUUCGUCCUCCCCCGGUCAAUAUCAAAAUGUCUCUGUCGUCCGCGCAAACUCCAUGAAGUUCACCCCCAAUUACUUUCCCAAGCACUCUCUAUCUGCACUCUUCUUUCUCUUUCCUGACCCUCACUUCAAAUCCCGAAAGCACAAAGCCCGCAUUAUCUCCCCGACUCUGCUCGCCGAGUAUGCUUACGUUCUUCGACCUGGAGGCAUCGUGUACACCAUCACUGAUGUGCGCGAUCUUCACGACUGGAUGAGAACGCACUUGGAGGCCUUUCCCUUGUUCCAGCAUGUCAGCGAAGACGAUCUUCGCCACGAAGGCAAGGGCGCGAUCCUAGACGCGGUCUUCAGCGGCACCGAGGAAGGGCGCAAGGUUGAGAGAAAUAAUGGCCAGAAGUGGCUGGCUUGUUUUAGACGGGUGGAAGCUGUUCGAGUAUAA